AUGAAUCCCAGAAUCGAUGAACAGCCAAUUGGAUUGGAUGGCAAUAGUCGAAUUUUGAUGGCAAACAGGAGGUACUGCAAAAUUAUUGCCAAUCUGACGGAUCCGGAUGACGAAGAACAGUGGAUUGGUCGGCACACCCGUCAUGGAGAUCGUCGCGCUCUUCCGCCGCUUCGUGAGCCUUUAAUAAUGGCGCGAAGUCAGGCUUUGGCUCUUGCUGGUGGGUUCAUUUGUUGCCGAAUGCCAUCGGAGGCUUAUGAGGGAACCUAUCGCCCUGUUCCUGAAGGAAAAUCGUUGAAACUUCCCUUCAGCAGAGAAGACGAUACUCGACCAGCAGAUCGUUUGGUCGGGCAAGCUCUAGGACUUGGCCGGUGA